GCAGUCUAGUCUGAGUGCACUAAUGCGUCCGAACACUUUGUGUCUUCUGCACCGGUGCAACGCGCCCACCUGAUGCUGUGUUAAUCAUGGAGGUGACAAAGAGAGACAGCAGACAUAAUCCGCUGGCAAAUGCCAGGAUUCUCUCCCGGGUCUUUUUAUGCUGGUUAACCCCCUUGCUGCACCUUGGCUAUAAACGGAGGCUUGAGGAAAGUGACAUGUACAGGGUUCUUCCAGAGGAUCGGUCUGAAACCCUGGGAAAGGAGCUGCAGAGAUUUUGGGACCAUGAAGUUAAAAAGGCAACAAAGGAACUUGAGAAGCCAAAACUCACCAGAGUUCUUAUUAAGUGCUAUGGGAAAUCCUAUGCAUUAGCUGGGCUGUUUGUAUUUUCUCAGGAGGCAAUAAAAGUGAUCCAGCCACUUCUUCUGGGGAAAAUAAUCCUGUACUUUGAGAAUGAUCAUCCAGACGACCAGAGAAGUCUUUACAUGGCAUAUGGUUAUGCUGCUGCGAUGUCCAUCUCCACGUUUGCUCUCGCUAUUCUCCAACAUCUCUACUUCUAUCAUGUCCAAAGAACAGGCAUGAAGAUUAGAGUGGCCAUGUGCCACAUGAUUUACAGAAAGGCUCUUGGUCUCAACUGUGAAUCCAUGGGACGAACAACCACUGGACAAAUAGUGAACCUCCUUUCAAAUGAUGUCAAUCGUUUUGAUGAGGUUACAGCCAAUCUGCACUACCUGUGGGUGGGCCCUCUACAAGCAGUAGUCAUCAUCGUUCUCCUUUGGGAAGAGAUCGGCCCAUCAUGUCUAGCAGGUGUGGCAGUCAUUGCACUCAUGAUGCCUCUACAGACUUGGUUUGGAAAACUGUUUGGUAUCUUCAGGAGCAAAACAGCGGUUCUUACUGACAGUAGAAUCCGUAUCAUGAACGAAGUGGUGUCUGGCAUCAGGAUCAUCAAGAUGUAUGCCUGGGAGAAACCCUUCUCAGCUCUGGUUGCUGAAGUGAGACGGAAAGAAGUCAGUCAGAUACUGAAGAGCUCCUACCUACGAGGACUCAACAUGGCCUCCUUCUUUGCCAGCAGCAAGAUCAUUGUCUUUGUCACCUUUACUGCCUUCGCUCUCCUGGGAAACUCCAUCACUGCCAGCAGCGUGUUUGUCACUGUGUCUCUUUAUGGUACAAUUAAGCUCACAGUCACUCUGUUCUUUCCUCUGGCCAUUGAGAAGUUGUCAGAAACAGUUGUGAGUCUUCACAGGAUUGAGAAUUUCCUCCUGCUGGAAGAGGUGAAGAGGGAAAACUCUGAGGUGCCACUGGGGGAGAAGAGGGAAAACUCUAUUGUGAUUGAGAAUCUGACCUGCUACUGGGAUCAGACUUUGGAUGCACCAUCUCUGCAGAAUGUCUCUUUCACAGCAAAGUCCCACCAACUUCUGGCUGUAAUUGGACCAGUAGGAUCUGGAAAGUCAUCCCUGCUGAGCGCCAUCCUGGGAGAGCUGCCUCAUGACACUGGGACACUGAAGGUUGAAGGUAGUCUGAGCUACGCAUCCCAGCAGCCCUGGGUGUUCCCUGGAACCAUCCGCAGCAACAUCCUGUUUGGGAGAGAACUGAACCUCAAGAAGUACGAGAGAGUCCUCAGAGCCUGUGCUCUGAAGAAGGACCUGGAGCUGCUCCCAGAUGGAGAUUUGACGCUGAUCUGUGACAGAGGAGCCACACUCAGCGGGGGACAGAAAGCUCGCAUCAACCUGGCCAGGGCUGUGUAUGAGGAGGCAGACAUCUACCUCCUGGAUGAUCCUUUAAGUGCCGUGGAUGCAGAAGUUGGAAAACAUAUUUUUGAACAGUGUAUCUGUGGCCUGCUGAAGAACAAGUGUCGUGUCCUGGUCACCCACCAGCUGCAGCAUCUGACGGCAGCUGACCACAUUUUGGCCCUUAAGGAGGGUCAUAUCAUGGGCCAGGGAACCUACAGUGAGCUUCAGUGUUCUGGCCUGGACGUGGUGUCCUUGCUGAGAAUUGAGGAGGAACAAGACCGAACUCGAUCAGCUGAUCCGGAAAAGCUGUCUUUAAUCAGCCAGAGGACAAAUCACUCACACAGUUCACAGUGUUCUUAUAGCAGCCUCCUGCCAGCAGAGAGCAACAGCCCUGAGCAGCCUCCUGUUCAAACAUUUGGGGCUUUUGCAGAAGAAAGUCGAGCUGAAGGAAAUGUCAGCAGUCACAUUUAUCUUAAAUACUUUACUGCAAGCUGCAGCCUUCUGGUUUUACUGGUUAUAGUUCUGCUCAGUAUCAUCGCAGAGGCUGCCUAUAUCCUGCAGGACUGGUGGUUGGUGUACUGGGCAAGAGAAGAGUAUUCUAACAGCACAGCAACUGCUGCUGGCAGAAAGAAUGGAAAUAAUUUCACUCAGUCAGAUCGAGAGUUGAAUCUCACAUUUUAUCUUGGCAUUUAUUCAGGUUUGACAGCAGCUGCCGUGGUCUUAAGUUAUGCCCGGAGUUUAAUCAUAUUUCGCGGGUUGGUGAUAUCAGCUCAGAUUCUGCACAACCGCAUGUUCAGUUCGGUUGUUCACACACCCAUUCACUUUUUUGAUGUGAACCCCAUAGGAAGAAUUCUCAACAGGUUCUCCAAAGACAUCAGCCAAGUGGACUCCUUGCUGCCCAUCACAUUUGUGGACUUUUAUCAAUUAAUUCUACAGAAUGCUGGUGUGGUCGCUGUGGCAACCGCCAUCAUUCCUCUCGUCCUCAUCCCUGUUGGUGUUCUGCUUAUAAUCUUUCUGUACUUGAGACGCUUCUACCUCAGUACAUCACGUGAUAUCAAACGUCUUGAGUCAACAACCCGGAGUCCAGUCUUCUCCCACCUGUCUUCAUCUCUUCAGGGUCUGUGGACGAUCCGAGCUUUCAGGGCUCAGGAGAGACUAAAGAAAACCUUUGAUGCUCAUCAGGACCUGCACUCAGAGGCAUGGUUUUUGGUCCUGAUGACCUCACGCUGGUUUUCACUUUGCCUUGACAGCAUUUGCUCCAUGUUUGUCUUCUUUACAACAUUUGGCUGCAUUUUUCUAAGAGAUGGCCUGGAGGCUGGAGAGGUGGGCCUGGUGCUGACCUAUGCUUUGACACUAGUGGGAAACUUCCAGUGGACAAUGAGACAAAGUGCCGAGGUGGAGAACAUGAUGACAUCUGUGGAGAGGGUGGUGGAGUACACAGAGCUGAAAAGCGAAGCACCCUGGGAAACCCAGAGGCGUCCUCCUCCUGACUGGCCAAGCAAAGGUCUGGUGACUUUUGAGCAGGUCAGCUUGUCCUACAGCACAGACGGCCCCAUCAUCCUGAAAGACAUCAGCGCCACCUUUGAACCCAACGAGAAGGUCGGUAUUGUGGGCAGAACAGGUGCCGGGAAAAGCUCCCUGAUCUCGGCUCUGUUCCGCCUGGCAGAACCUCAGGGAAAGAUCUCCAUCGACGGCGUUGUGACCUCUGAGAUCGGCCUCCACGACCUGCGCAAGAGGAUGUCCAUCAUUCCUCAGGACCCGGUGCUAUUUGCUGACACUGUGAGGAAAAACCUGGACCCUUUCAACCAGCACAGCGAUGAAGACCUGUGGAAAGCUCUGGAAGAGGUGCAGCUGAAGUCCGUGGUGGAGGAGCUGCCCGGUAAGUUGGAGACGGUUCUGGCCGAGUCGGGCUCCAACUUCAGCGUGGGUCAGAGGCAGCUGGUGUGUUUGGCCAGAGCCAUCCUGAGGAAGAACUGCAUCCUCAUCAUCGACGAGGCCACGGCCAACGUGGACCCCAGGACAGACGAGUUGAUCCAGAAAGCCAUCCGGGACAAGUUCAGAGAAUGCACUGUGCUCACCAUCGCUCACCGCCUCAACACCAUCAUAGACAGCGACCGCAUUCUGGUGCUGGACGGUGGCACCAUCCAGGAGUUAGACCGACCUUUCACCCUGCUGCAAAACAAAGAGGGCGCUCUGUACAAGAUGGUGCAGCAGCUGGGCCAGACGGAGGCAGCAGCCCUGCUGGAGGCGGCCAGACAGGCAACGGAGAAAACAGCAGUCCUGACAACUUGAGGCCUGGGGGCACAAUUGUGACAGGCUGGACUCCAGAUGUAAGUAGUGACUGAGAAACCUGAGGCCUUCCAAGAAGAUGGCACUGCUGCCAGCAUUUAUUUAUCAGUCACUGAUUUUAAAGGCUAAAUAAUCCUGCUCCAGUGACAAAGUGAACUUGUUAAUUAUAGAAAACUGGGUGUUUUGUUGUAUUCAAAGGUUGUUCAAAAGGUGAAAGUUUGGGUCAUUUUUUGUAUGUCUUUGUGAUUAUAGUGAUCCAAAGAUCAAAAAGUGUUUGUUCAAUUCAUCUUUUAUAUAGAAUUUGACAAAACAAAUGUACAAAUUGGCAGUUAAUAUGACAAAUGUUAAGACAUCAAAGUCAUUGAGCCAAGUCCACAUCAUCUGUAGCAGCUCUGUUUAAUUUUGUUUCUCUCUGUAAAGUCUAAAAUCAGUGGAGUGGAUAUAAAAGGUAUCUGUUGUAAAAUGUCCUUUUUAGACUGUUCCUAAAGUCUGCAAAAUUUGUAUAAAGAUUGGUCGAUUAGUCAAGGUAAUUUGAAAGCAAUUUAACAGGAUAAAUAUGAAGCAAUAGAUAAUAAAUAUUGGUCUGCAUCAACAGUUUUUACACCAGUGAUUUUCAGUCUGUGUGAGCUUGAGCAAACAGCAUUAAAUGUACAUGUUUGGCUCAUUUUGAGGCUACAGCGUUCCAGUAGGUCCUGCGUUCCAGUCUCGUCACCAGCUGCAGCGGGUGGGUGGGUGCUUUCAUCGGCGGCUGCAGUGCCAGUGCACACGCUCAGGCACUUUGUUGAGGCUUCUGGCAUAGCAGUGACUCUUCCUCAAAGAUAACCAAGUUACCGUCGGCUGUUUGUGCACAGUCAUUUGACACAUUGGCACGGCUUCGGCUCAAGUAACCCUGAAAAGACAAUUUGUAAAUUUAGUUUGACCUAAGGUAAUGAGAAAAGCUUUUGACUUGUGUUUAGGUAUUUUUAAAGGUGGAACUUGCCUGCCGAGCUGCUGUUUGCCCCUCUGCUUUUCUGCUCGACCAUUUUCUAAAAGAUCCCGUCUGAGCAAGUUAGAGCAAGUUGAGACCUAAAACAUACAGUCGGGUCCAUAAGUCUUUGGACACUGACACAGUUGUCAGAAUUUGGGCUCUGUACACCACCACAAAGGAUUAGAAAUGAAACAAUGAAGAUGUGCUUUAAGUGCCAACUUUCAGCUUUAAAUUGAGGGUAUUUGCACCCAAGUCAGGUGUAUGGUGGAGGAAUGACAUCACAUUUUAGAUGUGCACUCCAUGUUUGUAAGGUAUCAAAAGUAACUGGACAAACUCCUUUUCAGUCAGUGACAGCCUGGAGUCCUCAGACAUCACUGGACGCUGGGUUUGGUCGCUGGUGAUGCUCUGCCAGGCCUCUACUGCUGCCGUCUUUAGUUCCUGCUCCGUCUCCUCUGCUCUCCAAUGACACAAAUAUUCAUUCUCACAAAAUCUGCUGCCUCACUUUUUUAUAUGGCAAUUUGCAUAGACUCCACAAUGUUCACAAGAGUGAUCGGAUCCAUUGCAAUCCACUGCAAAGUCCAUCUUUGACAUCAAAGCAAACUUAAUCCCACUUGAAACGUUUCCACUGCAUUUCAGCCCUGCUACAAAAGGACCAGCUGUCAGUGAUUCUGCUGUUGACAGAAGUCACGGUGUUGACAAGGACGAGGCUGGACAGAGUUAGAAUGACAGACUGGAAGCUGGUGCUUGGAAUCAUUGUUCUUCCUCUGUGAACCAUGGUGACAUGCAAGAAAACACAUGCAGGGAUCAUUGCUUUGCACAAAAAGGGCUUCAGGCAAAGAUAUUGCUGCUAGUAAGAUUAUCAGAUCAUCAACAACUUCAAGGUUUGCACUCAGUGAAGCGAAAACUUUUGAAGGAUGGCCUGGUGUCAACAAGGGCAGCAAAGAAGCCACUUUUCUCCAGUGUAAACAUCAGAGUCACCCUGAUGGUGAGGUGUAAUUCCUUCUUUUGGAAUUACACCUGGUAGUGUUGGCUAACAGCUCUCCUACUUUUAAAUGUGCCAAAAAAAUGAAAGUUGGCACAGCAGAACUUACCUCAAGCUACACAAGAAGCAACCCGUCUAUGUUUUAGGCGGUUUAAGGCGAUUUUGAUAAUUGCUUUUAAAGUUCUUCAGGGCCAUGGUCCUGGUUACAUUUGUUACAUUUCAUUACGACCUUAAGCACCAGUAUGCACUUUGAGAUCCUCAGGCAGAGGUUUCAUUUGUUUCAGACACCCAAAGCAAUCAAGCAAUCAGUCGAGUCACUCUUCUUCUUCUUUCAAGUCUCUUCUUGAUUUAUACUUUUAUCAGAGCCUUUCCUAAUUUUAUUUGACUUUUAUACGCCAUGAUACGCUUUUGUCUCUCUCAAAAUUCUUCAUAUUUUAACUUGUAAACUUUGAUAAGUGCUCUAUAAAUAAAGAUAAGUCAUAUUACA